AUGAAAAUAUUCAACCUGCAUAGGCCAUCCAAUCCUGUCCUUUAUGCUACCUUGGGAGACAAUCCAAGUAUAAGGGAUUCAAGUACCAAUGGCCUCUCCAACAACAUCAAGAAGAACCGUUUAGAACACGUUUGCAACAGAUCACAUUCAACUGCCCCCCCUAACAGAAAGCACCUGAUCAAGAAGCUCCCAAAAGCUAUUCAGCCCCAUGUUGAAAAGAUGUGGGAUGUGAGGGGUGAUGGCCAUUGUGGUUACCGCGCAGCUGCGCUUGGCCUGGGCAGAAGCCAAGAUUCUUUCAUGGAAAUCCGGCAAAAAAUUGUGGAAGAAAUCAAACACCGGAAUGAGUUUUACAGUCACCCAGGGGUCUUGGCUCAUUUCACUGUUCAGAGUUUGUUGAACUCGAUUGGUACAAAGUCCAGUUGUCCGUGUGGGAGGAGCCACUGGCUCCGAGCUCCUGAUACAUUCCAAAUAAUGGCCAAUGCCUUUGAAACCCCGGUGAUAGUCUAUGAAAGAGGUAACUCUUAUGUUUGCUUCCCUCACUUUUGUCCUCCAAAUGACAACCCUCCUAUCGUAAUUGGUAAAAUUCCUGGAAUCAAUCAUGUUUAUUCACUCAAACUCAAGCCAGACCAUAAUAUACCCUUUCCCAAAGGCUUGCAAGUCUGGUCACAGUCUGCUUCUCCAGAGGCUUUGGCCUGGGAACUCAAAUAUCCACCCUGUCUAACAGAAAUUGCUCAAGAAUUUCAAACUUAUGUUCCGGUCCCAUUCUUCAAAAAGAUCAUCAAUGCUGCCUUCUCUUGUGUGGGCACUACAUAA